AAGUAGGGAGAGAACGGAUAUCUGCCAUUACGAAGCCAACCCUGGAAAACCAGGGCCAUUAAUACUACUCCCACCCGUCGUCUAUCUCCUCCUCAACCACCGCCCCGAGAUCUCCCCUUCUCUCUCCUCGCGCCGUUUUCCUCUCUACCUCUUUGAUCCGGCAAUGGCCGCGCCCGCCCCUGCCACCACCGGCGACCUCCUACGCGUCGACCCCCUCGAGCUACGCUUCCCCUUCGAGUUGAAGAAGCAGAUCUCGUGCUCCAUGCAGCUGUCGAAUCACACCGACGACUACAUCGCCUUCAAGGUGAAAACUACAAGUCCAAAGAAGUAUUCGGUGCGACCCAACACUGGGGUUGUCUUGCCACGGUCUACCUGUGAUGUUGUUGUUACGAUGCAAGCACAGCGGGAAGCCCCGCCUGACAUGCAGUGCAAGGAUAAGUUCCUAGUCCAAAGCGUCGUUGCCCCUGCUGGUAUAACUGUGAAGGAUGUCACUGGGGAUAUGUUUACGAAGGAGUCUGGGUAUAAGAUGGAAGAGGUCAAAUUGCGAGUGACCUAUGUUGCUCCUCCACAGCCACCCUCUCCAGUUCCAGAGGAAUCUGAAGAAGGUUCUCCACCUAGGGCUUCUGAAUCAGAAAACGGAGAUGGACCUUCUGGAGGAUUCACCAGAGCACUAAGAGAGCGCAUUGAGCCUCAAGACAAAUCUACAGAGGCUGGAGCUUUGGUUUCCAAGUUGACUGAAGAGAAGAAUUCCGCGAUUCAACAGAAUCAUAGACUUAGACAGGAACUUGACUUGGUGAGGCAGGAGAUCAGCAAGAGGCGUGGAGGGGGCUUCUCCUUCAUCGUCGUCAUAAUUGUUGCUCUGAUCGGCGCCAUCCUCGGCUACCUGAUGAAGUCGUAAUUCUUUCAGGCUGUCCUCUGCUGGCCAUACCAGAGGCAGUCGUGCAAGUUGUGUUUGGGAAGAACUCGAAAAAAAAACUGUUGAAACCAGAUGUCCUGAGAUCAUCCUUCAUAUUUUGUCGAUAUAGGAGUGGGUACGUGAGGAAUGCUGGGCCAGUGUUUAAGCUUUUCUUUUCCUUGUUGUUUCUCCGUUGGAUGGGCAUUGCGGACGCUGUAACUUGAAAGUUGCAUCAAUUGCUUCUGUUUCAUAGUUUUA